AGCGUUUUUAAUGGCGGCUAGCUAUCUCGUGCAACGCUACAAACAUUGCACUUAAUUUGACCCGGGCAGUUGAUACCGAAUUCUGUUUAUUUUAUUGCUGAAUUGUUUGGUUGCAACAAGUCGAUCGAACAAUGCCAGCUCGCAGAGGGAGAAAGACAAAAGCUUCAGCCCCAAAAGAGGAGCCCCAGGUAGAAAAGCAAGAAGAGGAUGUUGAGCAGUCCCAAGCGUCCACUGCAGAUCAGUCUCAAGAGUCUAUUGCUGACCAGUCUCAGGAGUCCUUUGCCGAUCAGUCUCAAGAGUCCUUUGCCGAUCAGUCUCAAGACUCUGAGCUUACAGAACAGGAACGUUCUGAUCAAAGGACAGAAGAUGUAAAGGAGGAUAUCAAGGAUGAACAGCAUACUGGUGAAGCAGAAAUGGAAGGGGAUGGAAAUGCUGCAGAAACACAGAAUGAUGAGAAUGUUGGGAAGGAGAAAUUAGAGGAAGAAGCUGAACCAGCAAUAGAUGACCUGAUUCCUGUUCCAGAAGGACUGGAAUGCAUAGGAGAAUCUGUGGAAAAGGAAGUGAAUGUGCCAUACAAACCUCAUACAUUCUCUGCCUUUAGUGGAUCUUCACUUAAAGAAAAAUGGGAGUGGCAUAUGGAGAUAUUUCCAAUUGACCAGGCUGACAUCCGCAUGUGUGUGCUUGAGUCUGUUUCAAAAAUUGCUCAGGAAACUUGGAUGUAUAUUGAUAAGCAAAAUUAUGGAAUGGGGUCUUUCAAUCUAUGUUUGAAAAACUGCAACGACUCGAUGACUGUAAUGUCCAAACUGCUUCAUGCCCCCAUGUAUUACCGAUAUGUCACAGUGAAGUUUACUCACCGUGGACGGAACGAGCAAAAAUUGGAAAUGCUGAAAAACACCCAAAAUUCUGAGGAAGAUUCUGAGGCUUCAGAGCAGAUUCCUUUCACUGAAGUUUUGGAGACAGCUACUGUCUUAUUGGAUUAUGUGCACUCUCCUACAUUCCAAAGGAUCAAAGGGAAGGAGAAGAAACGGUCUCUGUAUGUGAAAUAUUUGCCUGAAGGCACUUCAAAAGAGCUGCUCAAAGUGCUCUUUCCUGUUGCUAAUAAUUUGGACAUCCUAACGACUGGAAAUGGUCGUAGGUACGGUGAUUUGAAUGUAGCGUCUGCGGGUAACAUCAAGGGCUUGUGCAGCACCUACGUUACCAUUGAGAUCAACGGAUGCAAAACUGUGGCACUUGACUGGAAGGAAGAGAAUAUUGACGAUGGUGUGACCAAUGCAGAUGCAAAAGAGGAUUCCCCUUGGGAGAUAAUUCCGAGAUACGUGGAGUAUCCAUAUGAAAGUGUUCCAGUGAUGGAAGAAGAUGAGACGGUGGCCUAUCGCAAAAGGAAGCGAGAUUUGGUCACUGCAGAGAGCCGCAAGAAACGGGCCAAGGAAGGUCGCGAUGAGAGGGACUACAGGGGGCCGCGCGACCGCAGAGAUAGUCGAGGUAGAGACUUGCAUCCAGGUCAGGUGCUGAGAAUGCAACAAGAGAUGAAUGACAGAAUACAGCACCAGAUAAUGUAUCUGAACUCUGUGGCGGGGCCCCCUGGCCCUGGAGGUCCAGGCGGUCCAGGUAUCCCUGGUCUCAUGGAUGGACCUCCAAUGAGAGGUGGGACUCGGGAAAGCGACAGGGGGAGGAGAGAUCGACCCAGGGGAAUGUCGGAGAGCAGUAGGCACUCAGAGGAGCCUAGGAGGUUUCCCAGAGAUGAUGACAGAAGAGACAGGGAUCGUGGUGGGAGAAGAGAUCGGCCCAGGCGAGAGGAGGAGUACCCAGACCCGCGGGGUUUUGGUGGGGGUGACUGGAGAGGAGGCAGGUUCCCAGGUGGUGGGAGGGAAGGCAGGUUUGAUGGUCCCCCGGGCAAUAGAUUUGACUUCCCCAUGCGAGGAGGUUUUGGAGGGCCAGGAGGACCUCCAAGACCCCCUGGCCCUCCAGGCCCCCCUGGCCCCCCUGGCCCCGGUCGUGGGGGUAGAUUUGAUCCUCCUGGCCGUGGUGGCUUUGACCCAAGGUUUGGAGGUCCAGGUGGGAGAGGACGAGGCAGUAGAUUUGAUGAUCAGGGGCCACCAGGACGCCCUGAACACCACCGGGAAAAGCCUGGCUUGUUGGGCACACCUGCUCCGGGUGCUGGUCUGAUGGAUGCACCUGGUAAGGGUGGGGCCUCUGGAAGCAGGAAAAGCCGAUUUGAUAACCCGGGUACUGGUAGUGGCAGAUUUAACAACCAGGGAAUGAGUGGUGGUUCUGAUAGCAAGGGUGACAACAGGGGCGGUCCUGGAAACAGAACAGAUAGUCAAGGGAGUAGUCGAUCUAACAGAGGUGAUAACACAGGGAGGGGUAGCCGGUUUGAUAAUCCGGGAAGGUCGAGCAGGUUUGAUAACCCUGGGAAAGGAAGCAGAUUUGAUGCCCCCAGCGGUAGUAAAGGGGACGGGCAGAGCCAGAGUGGCAGGGGAAGUGCCGGAGGUGGUGGCUCAUUUGGAAACCAAGGGGACGGUCCGUUCAAUAAUAAGGGUCCUGGGAAUGCAGUGGGCCAGUCUGGACGGGGUUUUGGAAAUCAAACAAGAAGUAGUGGUUUCAAUCAAGGGAGCAACCAAGGAAAACCUGGCUUUGACAAAGCCCCAGGCGCCGGGAAAGGUGGAAGUCAAGGGAGUAAUUUGGGCAGAAACCAAGGGAGUAAUUUGGGCAACAAUCAGAUGGGUAGUUUUGGGGGCCCACAAGGCGGUAACUUUGGAAAUAACCAAGGAGGCUUUGGUAAUGACCAAGGAGGAAACUUUAGGAACGCCCCAAAUAACUUUGGGAAUAAUCAAGGUGGCAACUUUGCAAAUAACCAAGGUGGAAACUUUGGAAACAACCAAGCUGGAGGGAACUUUGGAAAUAACCAAGCUGGAGGGAACUUUGGAAAUAACCAAGCUGGAGGGAACUUUGGAAAUAACCAAGCUGGAGGGAAUUACGGAAACAGUCAAGGUGGAAACUUUGGAAAUAACCAGAGUGGCAAUUUUGGAAAUAACCAGAGUGGCAAUUUUGGAAGUAGUCAAAGUGGAAACUAUGGAAAUAACCAAACAAGUGGUUAUGGAAAUAAUCAAAUGAGUAGCUAUGGAAACAACCAGAAUACUGGCUAUAGCAACAAUCAGAGCUCUGGCUAUGGUAACAGUCAGAACACCGGCUAUGGAAACAGCCAGUCUGAUAGUCAAUCAAAUACGUUUGGAAAUCAGCAAAGCAACCAGCAAGGGGGUUUCGGAAAUCAGGGAAACUUUGGCAAUCAGCAGGCAGGCUUUAACAAUCAACAGACUGGCUAUGGCAAUCAGGGCUCAUAUUCUCAAGGCGGAAGCUACAGCACCUCCCAGGAUAGCUAUGGAACCCAGAACUCCUAUCAGAGCAGCUACAACAACCAGCAGAACAGCUACACCACCGGCAGUUACAGCACUGAUCAGACAGGUUACAGCACUCAGCAGAAUUACACCACCCAGCAAUCUUACUCAAACCAGCAGCAGCCACAGCAGGGAUAUUCUGGGCAGCAACAGUCCAACUAUAACACCAACCAACAGCAGCAACAGCCGGCACAGCAACAGCAGACCAACUACGCCACCCAGCAGCAAAGUUAUGGCACAGAUCAGAAUGCGUAUAACUCCAAUUCGCUGAACAGUGGUUACUGGGGCCAGGGAAACUACAGUACUGCUGGUAGUGGGGAUGCGGCUUACAGCACGCCAAUGUACAAUCAGCAGCAGCAGUCGCAGCAGGAUCAAAGCAACAUGGCUGCCUACAACACCGUGCAGAGCUACAACACAAGCAACACUGCCGGUACAGGCUACUCAGCUGAUGGCUCGUAUGUCAGCCAAGGAAUGUACUCCACGUCAGGACAAGCAGGCUCAGGCUCAGACUCCUACAGUGCUGCGUACAGCACUCAGACUGCUUCAAACCAACAGACAGGCCAGACAACUGCUUAUAAUUUUGCACAGUAUCCUGCCACCUCCUCUUAAAUGAGCACAAGGCUGUUGAAAGUUUGUUUUAACAUGUUAUAAAAAGAACUGUUUGCUAGACUUAUGAAAUCACUGUUUUGAACUUUCUGUGUCAUUAUUUCAUCUUAACAGUCAACUACAUGGGUUGUUGUUAACUUCCAAUGUAUCUUUAUUUUUGUAUUGUUGGGCUGCCUUUAGUUUUUUUAAAGCAAAAGUAGAUUGUAUUUCACAUAGCCUACUUCUGAUUGACUCUUUGCUUUGAAAAUAAUCAUAAACUGUAUCAUGCGGCUAGUUAAACUUAGUAAAUUUUUACUUUCUUGUAGCCAUUAGUGGUAAAUAAUUAAAUGUACACUGACUAUUUUCUUAAGAAAACCCAGUGCUCAAAGUUUAUUUCCUUGCAAUUUGGGUCAAAUGUUAACUUCAGCAUUCCAUUGUUGAGGUUUCUGAGUUUGUUCCCAUUUAAAGACAUUUUUAAUCAUCAGUCUGAAUUUAUCUUCGUACAUAACUUUCGUUCCGUUAUUUAUUUUCUUCCUUGGCAAAGAAAUUAUUUUAUUUUUAUGAUUUUGUUUUCAAGGUUUUUGUGGUGAGUGAUUUUUUGUGAAAACGAAAAGCACUUUUUAAUAUUACAGUUAGAAUUAAGACUGUUACUUGCAUCCCUUAGCUGUGGAAUGGAUUUGUAUGGAAGUGAAAUAGCUUUAUCUUAUCAGGGAUGCCAAAUUGAUCUCAUUGUAGCAGGCAGUGCAGACUUUGAAUAGGGAUUUUGAUUCAUAUUUCUUGGUCAAAAUUGUAGAGGGUAAAUGUGUGUUGAAUGAGGAUGUUUGUGUAGAAUGCAUUGACCAAGAUUAAGAUACAUGAAUUCAUAUUAAAGAAAAAUUAUUUCAUGUUGGAUAGAUUUUUUAAACAGUGCCUAUUUAGCAGCAGUGUUGAAAAAGGAAGUUGUAUUUUGUUACAACAAAUUGCUAAUCCUGAGAAAGCAAAGUAUAGAGAUGGAAGGCAGUUUCAACUUUUGUGUCCAGUUAUGUUCAUAACAACAGCAGGUUUUUUUUUGCUUUGUUCUCCAUUCUUAAUGGCUAUUCUUGGUUGAAGAGUGGAAAUUUUGGGUUCAUUUUUUAGCUCUAUGGCGUCUGGUUUUAUGUGGUUUUGAUUGUAUUCACCACUGGAGGAAGUGGAAAAAUUUCACAUCUGUGGAUUCAGCAUUCAUACUGAUGUCAAGUCCCCUUCAUCUUCAUCAGUAUAUGGCAGACAGAAAUUGUAGAAAGCAUGGUUUGACAGUAAUUGUUGGAAGCAUGGUUUGACAGUAAUUGUUGGAAGUGUGAAUGGACUGAAGAAAGUAAUUGUGGGGAGUAUGGGCUGACUAGUUGUCGGAAGUUUUUGCUUCACUAAAGUUGGCCUUUGGUUGAAACUGGCUGAGUCUGCAUCGCGUGAGCUUUUGAGUAAAGUGUAAAUAUAUCUAUACAUUUUAAUAUAUAUGUCUAUGUCAUCAGGCAUAUUUUUAGUUCAUGUAUUUUGUGUGUGCAAGACGAGACUGCCCUUUGUUCUAAUGUCAUACUUGUGAGUAAUCUGAUUGUUUCUGAUCUUUUUUUAUGUUGGGUUGUUGUAAUGUAGAUAUGUCCCUUGUUACAUUUUCUUUUGUUUUAAUUUCUCUUUACAUAUUAUGUUUUGCCUUUUGAUCCUGGUUUUGGUACUUUAGUUGUAAAUGUUAUUUUUUCUUCCAGUACCAAGCCAAAUCUAAUGCUGUUCACUUAAUAUUUUUUUUUCCAAACCAUUUGAACGCUACCCACUUACAGGUCAUAUAUAUUCAGAACUAAUUUCAAACGUUCAGGUUUCUAUUAUUCGCCAUUCUUUGUAUUCAAUUGACCUGGACAACUGAGGCUGCAUUUUGAAUGUCUUGGUACACUUUGAAAUAUAUUUUGUACAGUCGCUUGUGAAUGGAUUCUUGUUUUGUUUUUGUUGUACACAAAGUUUUGUUCCGAAAGUAUCUUCACAGAGAGACAAUAAAAUGGGAGGUAGACAA